GCGCUCUAUAUUAACUCAAAGUCAGAAUAUACAUCCAAUAACACACGCGCUGUGCUCGUGGCUCCUUCCUGCGGCGGCACAUCUAUGAUUGCUCAAAAACCCAUCAUUCAACUCUUUCACCGCCUAGAGCAAACAGGUCACUGGAAGUUUAUUUGGAAGAUGCACCCAAGCUCUUUGCAGUUGGACGGAUAUGAUCUCGAAGACCAAACGGGGAUUGAACAGAGAGAGCUCGAAAAUGUUCAGUUUGUUCUAAAAAACUUCACGGUGACUCAGGAUGAGCAUGUAUGCCUAUUGCCGUUUAUGGAGGCGUUUGAUGUGAUCAUCACCGACCUACACUCGUCUGUUCCGUUCAUUGCGACUUAUUUCACACCCAAGAUCAUUCUUUCGUACUUUAAUGAUGCUGACUAUGGGACACCAGAGAGACAUCAGGAAUUUAUGGACCAAUUGAACACGUUUGUGGAACCAGAGGAACUUGAAGAACUCCUGAACACGUUGCCCGAGCCGAAAGGUAACCCUGCAUUCUUCCACAAUCAAUAUGGGUAUGUUGAUGGAAAAGAAGAUUUGAGGUUCGGAAACCUUGCAAAAUGGCCCAUUGAGCAGGUUGAGCCAUCGCAAUCGCUGCAAUACAGGAAGGUUAUGGCGGAGCUCGCGCUCGAAUGGAAGAAAAUCCAUAAGGAAAUGGCAGCAACGUUUGAUGAUCCCGAAGGCGCCAACAAUGCUCUUGGAUUCCCUGCCAAGUUCCCUUUGUUCGAUGACGGGGAUUCUUUAGAUGUUCCACUGACCCUUCCUAGAGCUUUACCACGAGAUCGCCGAGCAAAUGGUAUUGAGCUUCGCAUCAUGAGCUUCAAUAUCUGGAACGGUGGGCUAUCUAGUGGCCAUCCAAUUGAGCAGACAGCGAACGCUAUCCUUGCAUCUGGAGCGGAUGUAGUCGGACUUCAAGAGUGCUCUACUGUUAUUCUAUCAUCGGGCAGUAGGCGCUACAUGCUCCCAGAGCUGAUGAAACAUCUUCCGGGAUGGUAUUAUAGUGACCAAAAACUUCUCCCUAGUAGUACCGGCCCAAGGAACCCCUGGGGAAUAGUGUCUAAAUUCCCUAUAGUCAAUACGACCGAGAAGGGCUUCGGUGUGAAGAUCCAAUUGAACAAUCCUCGUCAUCCUGAAUUUGAGCCUCCUUAUCUAGCAUUUUCAGAAAAUAAGUAUCCGCCAAUUGAGCGCCCCCACCUCCCAUUCAAUAGUUCUGCAGUCCAACAUUCAGCUAAUACACGGUUCAUGUACCUAUUCAACUGUCACUUGUAUUAUUUCCCCUACCAACCCUUCCAACUGCUCAAGAUUCCUUACGAUUCGCAACCGUCCUUAGAUACAGCUGAAGAGGCCAUCCAGUCUUGUAUCGACGCCCGAGGUAAGGAAAUGGAGACCGUCCUAAAUGAGAUAAAACAAGUGGCGGAACAAGAGCCAGAUGUGCCUAUUUUUUUGACGGCGGACUUGAAUGAGCCUAGUCAUCUGGACUGGACACCACUCUCAGUCUUCGCGGGAUUGCAACCCAUGACAGUCAAAUGGCCCGUGAGUGAAUGGGCGUACAAGGCUGGCCUAGUGGAUCUAUGGCGAGCAUACCAACAUCUUUGCCACUUUGGGUCAGGAUCAGGGUCAAGCUUGCCGCCCCACGGCCCCUCUAACCAUACCGACGCCAAUGCUUCCAUUGAGCAUGAGCAUAUUCAUCAUCAUGAUCCUCGCAACUGUACAAACCCUGAUAGUCCUCAUGGUCACAGUGACGUGGACGACAAAGAUCCAGUCGAUUUUGACAGGAUUGAGCAACAGGUUAUUGAACGUCCUGGAUUUACAUGGUCGGCUCUGACGAGUGAGUUGGAUGGAUCAGAUCAUUAUGAUCGUAUCGAUUACGUUUUCGGACUGAGCCGUGAGUCAAGUCCUAUUGCCCUGAAGGAUGUAGCCAUCAAGAUGGGUGAGGAAGUGAGCAGAUUUGGAGAAAAGAACGAUAGAACUUUCAAGCCAUGGCCUUCGGAUCACCGGGCUGUUAUUGACUCACGAGCCACAUACGAAUAGACUAUGAAAUAGACGAGCUGAAUUUUCCCAUGCUAAUGUGGGCUAGAAUUUUGUUUUUUUUGCAGAUUCUAAAAG